GCUUUUAUUUUGUAAACGUAACCCGGAAGUUGUAGUUCAUGUUUUGUCUGUUUUCUCUGACUGUGUUUAAACAGUUUAUGGUUGGAGGAGAUCAGAAGUCAGAGCUUCUAUUACAUCAACAUAUUUAAUAUCAGCAGUUUCUCCUCCUUUGUCUGUUUCUCUCUGCGUGUUAAAGAUGUCCAGGCUGCAGAGUCUGAAGGUUUUCAUCAACCAGCGGCUAACUGCGGCUGUCGAGGACAUUUUCGGACAUUUAGAGAGGACAAUCAGCGAGUAUGAGGAGGAGAUGGACCGCCGCCAGCGGAAACUGCUCGAUGUGGUUUUAACAGCUGAAGUCCAGCAGCAGAGAGAAGCAGUGUUUCCUGCAGAUGUCCAGCAGCUGCAUUUGAGUCAACCAGAAGAGGUUCUUUCUGAGCAGCAGGACUCCAGUCUGGACCUGGACCAGGAGGAGCCAGAGCCUCCAUACAUUAAAGAGGAACAGGAUGAACUCUGGAGUAGUCAGGAGGGAGAGCAGCUUCUUCCUGUCCCUGUGAAGAGUGAAAAAGAUGAAGAGAAACCUCAGUCCUCACUGCUUCAUCAAACACAGACUGAGUGGGAGGACUGUGGAGGACCAGGACCAUACAGGAACUCCGGUCCUGAAAGGUUUUUUCAGCCAUUAAGUGGAGACAAGGCUUCAGACUCUUCUGGACCCGAGACUGACAUCAGUGACGAUGACUGUAAGGAGACCAGAGAACCUCAGUCGGGUUCCAAGUCUUUGAAAACUGACAAUGUUUCUGUGAACGAUGGUAAAAAGUCUUUUAUCUGCACUGAAUGUGGUAGAAAAUUUGGCCGUAAGGACAGUCUGCGGAGACACACAAGGUUCCACACGGGAGAGAAACCGUACAGCUGCUCAGUCUGCGGGAAGCGGUUUUCUCAGCGGCCGAAUUUAAUCCGUCACAUGAGGUGUCACUCUGGAGAGAAACCCUUCGGCUGCUCCUUCUGCGACACCAGUUUCGCCGUGCGGAGUGCGCUGGUUAACCACAUGAGGAUCCACACCGGGGAGAAACCCUUCAGCUGCUUGUAUUGUGACAAAAGCUUCACACAGAAGGGCGGUCUGAAGAAACACAUGACGGUCCACACGGGAGAGAAACCGUACAGCUGCCCCGUGUGCGACAAGAGUUUUUCUCAGAAGGCGAAUCUGACGUACCACUUCUCCGUCCACACGGGGCAGAAACAGUUCAGCUGCAGCGUCUGUGACAAAAGGUUCACGUGGCAGUCGCAGGUCAAGAGUCACAAGUGUGUCGGUGAGACGAGUGGCAGCUGAAGCAGCAACAUCACGGAACAUUUGAAAUAUGGAUAUAAGAGACGAUGAUUUCUUUCAUGAGUUGAUAUUUAAAACAUACUGUAGGAAACUUAGAGACAGAACCAAUGUUAAUAUUUCUGAAAAUAAAUGUUCACGAGUUCAUGAGUUUGGACUUUUUGUUUUCUGUUUGUCACAUAUCCAGAAAAAUAUAAAACAUCUGUAAUUGUUCUUCAUAUCGCUGUUCAGAAAUCAGUUAUAUUAAAUCAAUAUUCUGUA